AUGUCUGCCACAUCAUCAUCCCCAGAUCUAGACGACCUCGAGUCUGCCUUCAGCAACCUCACCACCAAUGCGACCCCACCGAGGGGCCUCUGGACACAAUUCCUACUCAACCUCGCCGCCGUAAGCAGAGAGAACAUCCAAGUCCGCGAGAAGAUCGGAAGACCUCGAGUUCUGCAGGGACUAAUCGCCUUCAUCAACGACGAGCUCGAAUCCUUCCCCGAAGGCGUGGAGGCGGCUCUCCGCUGCAUUGGAAACGCCUGCAUCGACAACGAUACCGUGCGACAGCACGUCACUGACUUGCACUUCAGAUGGGCCGUACGAUGUCUGGAGCACUCGCUGUUCUACGGCUGGCGGCUGGCGAAUCUGACGGUCAAAGUGCUUUACAAUAUCUGUCUUGACUUCGCGCCCGCUUCUGAGCAAUGCUAUCGCGAUGGCGUACCUAUCAAACUAAUCACUCUAUGCUACUGGAACGCUUGCAAUAAACUCGAGGACCCUCUGGCAAUCGAGCUGUUAUUCUGGACGAGCGCCCACCUACCCAACCUCCCAGACUCCCCACUACACAUCGGCUCGGACACACUACUCGAAGUCCUCCGCCUCCCUCCGGCACAUUACCGCCGGCUCCAGGGAGAUCUCGAAAGCCCUUCCACCCGCGAGUCACAAGACAGCCUGCUGUCCAUCGACAACUACAGCAUGCUGCUCGAGACGACCUGUACGUUCCUCCGCGACGAGCAGGUGCAGCGUGGCAUCUGCCAGUCCGGCGUCUUGUCGAGCGAUCUUUGGGCCCUGCUGUACUGCAACGAGGAGUAUAUGGACGUCCUCUGCGCCAUAGAAGUUCCUGACGAGGAGAUCAAGUUGCUCAUGCCCCUGUCUACGAGUCUGACGUGGAUCCUUUCGGAUAUCUCUGCAAAGCCGGAGUUCGUUGCCAGCAAUGAUGUACGCAGUGACUGGGUCAAAGCCAAUGUUAUCGAGAGGAUUGCAGAGUGGCGUGGCUUCAACAAUCGACUGUAUACAGCUGCUUGCCAGGUAUUGGGAAACAUGCUCUGGGUCCGAAAGGACCAGCCCGAGACACCCAAUAUGCGGAGCGUUGAGGAGGACGUCUCGUGGCUGGUAGAACAGCGAGAAAUCCAGAGAGGGUUGUUCCAACAUAUUUACGAUGCGUCACGGAACCCAGACCUGCUUCACUCCGCUGCGGGUCUGCUGUUGCAACUUGCUCGUCCAUCGGCCCGCGUGCGUGAGGAGAUCGUGAACAGCGAAGGGGCCGAAUCGUCCUUGGAUAUGUUGUGCAGGCAUGAGAAUCAGCAGAUCCAGCAGGAUGGUAUCAAGCUCCUCAGGGCGCUGGGACAAGACAACGCCGCCGUACAACAACGGUUCGCCGAGCUGGCGCAAGCUGCUGUUGCAAAGGCUGCGGCUAACGCUGAGGCUGCGAAUGCGGAUGGGGAUGCUCAAACGGUCCAGAAUACUGAGGUGCCGGGUUGA